GAUGCGGUGCCGGCAGGAGCCGCGCGGCUGCCGCUGAAGGCGGAAGGACCGGGCCGGCCCGCGAGCCCCGCAGCCGGACGGCCCGAUGAGGAGGCAGCCGGGGCGCGGCCGGACAGCCCUCCCCGCCGCCCCGCCGCUCCUCCUGCUGCUGCUGCUGCUGCAGCUGGCUCUGUGCUGUAACUCCCUGUCAACGCUUCCCUUGUCUGCUCUGCUGGAGAGGUACUGUGAAGCACUGUCAUCUCAUCACAAUGUCACAGGUCCCUACUGCAAUGCCACCACGGACCAGAUCGGGACCUGCUGGCCCAAAACCGGUGCUGGAGAGCUGGUGGAGAGACCGUGCCCGGAGUUCUUCAAUGGGAUCAAAUACAACACCACCAGAAAUGCUUAUCGGGAGUGCCUCGGUAAUGGGACGUGGGCCAUCAAGGUGAACUACUCUCAGUGCGAGCCGAUUCUGGACGAUGAGGUCAACCCCGCUUCCUCCUACUACAAGUUUGCUGCUGGCAUGUUCAUCAACUACCUGGGGCACUGCAUAUCUGUCGGCGCUCUCAUCGUGGCCUUCUUGCUUUUCCUGUGCUUGAGGAGCAUCCGUUGCCUUCGGAACAUCAUCCACUGGAACUUGAUCACAACAUUCAUCCUGCGGAACGUGAUGUGGUUUGUGCUUCAGAUGAUUGACCACAACAUCCACGAAAGCAACGAGCCAUGGUGCCGCUGCAUCACGACGAUUUUCAACUACUUUGUGGUGACCAAUUUCUUCUGGAUGUUCGUGGAAGGCUGCUACCUGCACACGGCCAUCGUGAUGACCUACUCUACGGACAAGCUCAGGAAAUGGGUCUUUCUCUUCAUCGGAUGGUGUAUACCUUUUCCAAUCAUUGUCGCUUGGGCCGUCUGCAAGCUGUAUUAUGAAAAUGAGCUAUGCUGGUUUGGAAAGGAACCGGGGAAAUACAUAGACUACAUCUAUCAAGGACCAGUCAUUCUUGUUUUGCUGAUAAAUUUUGUAUUCCUGUUUAACAUUGUUAGGAUUUUAAUGACAAAACUGAGAGCAUCCACCACUUCAGAGACAAUACAGUACAGGAAAGCCGUCAAGGCGACGUUAGUCCUCCUGCCUCUCCUGGGAAUCACCUACAUGCUCUUCUUUGUCAACCCGGGCGAAGACGAUAUUUCCCAGAUUUUUUUCAUCUACUUCAAUUCCUUCUUGCAGUCUUUUCAGGGUUUCUUCGUCUCUGUGUUCUACUGCUUCUUAAACGGCGAGGUACGUUCUGCCGCCCGGAAAAGAUGGCACCGCUGGCAAGACCACCAUUCCCUGCGGGUUCGUGUUGCCCGAGCCAUGUCUAUUCCCACCUCCCCGACCCGGAUCAGUUUUCACAGCAUAAAACAGACCGCAUCCGUGUGACUUGGUCCUCCUGCCGAACUUUCGGAUUUGGUUCUCCUGCCGAAUUUUCUCCACCUUCCUCCUGCUCUUUUUUCUUUCUCUACUGUGGUUUCUUCUUUUUGUUUUUCCUUCCUUUUCCCUUCCUUCUUUCUCCCUCUCGUCCCUUCCCUUUCUCUCGCUGUCUCGGUCUCUUCUCUCUUCCUCUUUUUAAAAUUUUCACCAUGGGGCAACUCUUCUGUCUUGGGGGACAAUUUCCCGUCCUGAUGCCGCUUCAGAGACAGACGGACAAACAGAAAGAACAAAGGGUGAAGAAAGGAGCAGAGUUUCUGAAGAACAGCAUCGAGAUGAAAGGCCUCGGGGGUUUUUUUUGCCAGAAAUCUUUCCACAUUCCUAGAAUUCCAACCACAUUACUGAAAACAACAUAUUGAAAAACGGACUUCAGCCAGGUGGGACAAUGUAGUCCUUUCCCUUCCCUUGACUUGGCAUGACUGGGCCAUUUCCAGAAGCUCCUUGAUCUGACUCCCAGUGAUUUCACCGUUUGCUUUGUAUUUUUUUCCCCCUGGAGUUGAGGUUUUCCCGAAUGAUUUAACACCCCAAUUUUUUACUCAGUGGUACAGAAUCACCCUCCUGAGCUGGGCGGCCCAGAGUAGCCCGAUCUUGUCAGUUCUCGGAGACUAAGCAGGGACAACCAAAGAAGUCCAGAGUCGCUAUGCAGAGGUAGGCAAAGGCAAACCACCUUUGAACAUCUCUUGACUUGAGCUGCAAUGUGAUGGCAAAAAAAAAAAUCACAACUCUGGUCCUGAUCCAAGGAUGUAAAAUGAUAUAAUAAUAAUAAUAAUAAUAAUAAUAAUAAUAAUAAUAAUAAUAAUAAUAAUAAUAAUAAUAAUAAUAAUAAUAAUAAUAGAUAUGAUUUUUAGUAUUUUAUUCUGUAUUUAUAUUAUGAU